AUGGAUAUCGACAAACCACCUUCCACCGCCCCCACUCCCUCGUCCUCCUCAUCAUCUUCGUCCACGCCAAAAGAGAAGGAAAAGCCUAAGAAGUUCAAAUUAGAUCCCAUGUCGUUGUUACUCCCUCAUGAAAGACAGGCUUACCUCGCUAACAAUGCUGCCGCACCACCUCCGCCCCCACAGCAACAACAACAGAUUAGACCGCAAGGGUAUAUGUCGAUGAGUAGACCUCAACAUGCUACAUCAACCGGGCAAGGACAGCAGCAGCAAGCUGGACCCAGUAGAUUGGCUGGGAAUGAGGGCGGUAAGAAUGCUCAACCCUACCCUCCUACCCAGAUCCCGUCUCAAGCUCUCCCGAUCUCUCCACCAGCUUCACUCAUGUCCACACCCCCACCCGCACAAUGGGACGCUUCAUCUCUCUCCUCCACUCCUUUCUCUCUGGAUGGCAGUUCCUCCCUGGCCUCGCACUACGCCCAUCAUACACCUUAUCACCCCUUACGUGGUAGUAAAGUCCGUUUGGAAGAUUGGGAGAUAGUCGAGACUUUAGGUACAGGUACAUUCGGAAGAGUACUACUGGUCCGUCAGAGGCCUUCUUAUAGACCUACACCAUAUCAUCCCAUCUUCCCACAUCUAUUCCAAUCCCUUGAUCCACUAUCUCCUAGUCCUUCAUCGACCCAACAAUCCGACAAUCAAUUACCUCAUUUCGCCAUGAAAGUGUUAAAAAAAUCGGAAAUUGUUAGAUUGAAGCAAGUCGAACAUAUAAAUUCCGAAAGAUCAAUAUUGGAGAAAAUCAGACAUCCAUUUAUUGUCGAACUACACUCAACAUAUCAGGAUCAACUCAACGUCUAUAUGCUUCUAUCUUACAUUCCAGGUGGAGAGCUGUUCUCCCAUCUACGUAGAGCAGGAAGGUUCUCUGCGGACGUAACUAGAUUCUAUCUCGCAUCAAUCAUACUGGCAAUCGAAUAUCUACAUUCGAAGAAUAUCAUAUAUAGAGAUCUCAAACCUGAAAAUUUAUUAUUAGAUAGAUAUGGGUAUUUGAGAAUAGCAGAUUUUGGAUUUGCGAAAAUAAUCGAAGAUCGUACUUUCACAUUAUGUGGUACUCCAGAAUACCUUGCACCGGAGAUAGUCUUAUCGCAGGGACAUGGAAAAGCUGUCGACUGGUGGGCAUUGGGUAUAUUGGCUUUUGAAAUGUUAGCUGGAUAUCCACCUUUCUUCGAUGAUCAUCCUUUAGGUAUAUACGAAAAGAUCCUCAGGGGAGAUAUAGCUUUCCCAUCUCAUAUUGAUCCCUAUGCGAAAGAUUUGAUUAGAGGUUUGUUAACUGCCGAUAGGAGUAAGAGGUUAGGAAAUUUGAGGAAUGGUGCGAGAGAUGUAAUGUCCCAUGCGUGGUUUGCUGGAGUGGAUUGGAGAACUUUGGAAAGGAAGGAGAUUGGGGCGCCGAUCGUACCGAGAGUGGCCAGUAUGGGUGACUCGCAAAACUUCCAACGAUAUCCACCACCUCGUCCACACGAAUUACCAGGUAUAUUUGGGCAACCGUACGAUGUCACUACCGACCAAUAUGGUGAUCUGUUCAGAGAUUUCUCUUUCCCACACCAGGGCAACCCUACAAAUGUUGGUGGUAGUGCGGGUAGUGAGAGUGCUUCGCCUGUCAUGAGUGAAGGGAGGUAG